AUGGACAAGGAUGAGGAGAUUUUUAGUGGACACAACGGCAAGACACCAGCCUCACUAGCCGUAAAGCCCACAAAGCCUAGAGCGUGCAUACCGCUUGUUACCCCCUACCAAAAGGAUUUUACAACGGAACUAUGUUUUUGCCGUUCUUGUGACAUUGUGCUCUUCACAGCUCCGGAUGCUUCCUUACUGAAUCGACUACUUAAUAAACUUUACACUAAAGUGGUACUACCGUCACGAACGCUCGCUGAGACCUACACGCGCCUUCUCUCGAGCCAUUCCGUUUUCUCUACGGGUGACUCCGUGCUGGACACGAUACUUUCUGGAGGACUUUUCACUGGCGACCACGUCGAAGUUUGUGGACCACAAGGAAUUCGGACCUUGUUUUGUCACCGCGUCGCAGCCCAUCUACUGAAAAAUGAUUCCCAUGCAUCUGUAUUGUAUGUCGAUAGCGCGUGUAACUUUCGCCCCGAACUUUUUGUUGAGCAUUUUGGAUGCUCAUCGGACCUACUCAAGCGCGUGCAGGUUUUACAUACACACCAGUUGUCUCAGCUUCUGCGUUUCCUCGAUCACCUCCAACAGGGUAAGCUCAGAUCACAAAAGGAAACGGAUUCCGGCGCGUCCACAUCGGCGAGUUCAUUAUGGCCUCGACUUAUAAUCAUCGAUUCGAUGUCUGAGCUUGUGAACCCCCUUUUGCUGUGCAACGAAGAUCUCGUCUGUGUUUUGGGCCUUCUUAACCACGUCGGCAUAACCCUUCGCAGCGUAGCUACUCACCAGAGAUUGGUAGUACUUACUACGAACGAUUUUGCUAAUGGGGAGCCAGCUCUUGGCAAAAUGUGGACUGGAAGUCCCCAUGUGCGUCUGUUAAUCAACGAAAACUCGACUUCUUUAAUAAAUGCACAAACCGUGACAGUAUUGAAAAGUGUCAGGGAAAUAAAGUUUUAGAUGAAGUGAUCAUCUCGCUGCAAAUCAGAGAGUCAUGUAUAUAUUUCGUAUACAUAUAAUUUCUAGUUAAAAAGGAAAAAUCGCUUUCACUGUUGACGCAGCAUAUAUUUUUACCAAAUUUAUAUCACGUACGGCACAAUUGCCAGUAAUAUACAUCAGGAUAAUUAAGCAAGUUACUUAGGUGACUCGCGUUGUUUAAGUAUCCAUAAU